AUGACCACCAAGGAAGAAUACACGCUCUUUUACUGGCCCGGCAUCCCCGGACGCGGCGAGUUCGUCCGGCUCUGCUUCGAAAAGGCCGGCGUUGCGUACAAGGACAACGACGAUGUGCCCUACUUUUCCAAACUCCUCUCGGGCAAGCAGGAGGACGGUGUUGAUGUGCCGCACUUUGCUGUGCCAAUCCUUGGCGUUCACGUUCCAGCCGAGGCAUCCGAUUCGAUCAAGAAGGCCAAGACGGAUGACGCGGCCGAUGUCAAGCACGCAUCCGGCGGUAAAUGGCACUACAUCAGCCAGACCCCCGCCAUCCUCAACUUCCUCGCGCCUCGCCUCGGCCUGCUGGGCGAUGCGGACAAGCUCGAGGGGCUCGAAAGAGACGUGGCCAUCGCCCAUAUCCAGCAGCUCUGCGCCACCGCAUUCGACCUCAACACCGAGACGCACGACACCCACCAUCCCGUCUCGGUCUCGAGCUUCUACGAAGACCAAAAGGCCGAGGCCAAAAAGAGAUCGGCCGACUUUCGCCAAAAUCGCCUUCCCAAGUUUCUGGGCGUCUUUGAGCUCACGCUGCACAAGCAACGCGAGGCGGCCAACACCGAAACGACAGGCCGCCGCCUGGUUGGCACUCAGACCACCGUUGCCGACCUCGCCGUGUACCAGGUGAUCGACGGCCUGCUGUUUGCGUUCCCCAAGUGCAUGCAGCACCUCAAGCAAUCUGGCAAGUACGACCGUGUCUUUGCGCACCACGACGACCUCGCCGCCGAGCUCCAACACUACCUCGAAAGCGAUCGCCGCCGCAGAUACUCGAACGGCAUCUUCCGUCACUACCCUGAGCUCGAUGACGAGUAG